ACCAACUAUAGUGCAGUGUUGUGUAGAAACAAGACACACAUCAAGUGAGGGAGAGAACAGGCACGGACGGGAAUCAACACUCUCUCAGCUCUCAUGGCUCCAUUUCUGCUCCUGUUGUUUCUUCUGUCUGAAGCAGCUUCUGACAACCCUAACAUAACAGUGCACCCUGGAGAUAAUGUUACUCUGAAAUGUCAUGCUGCUGGUCCCUCCAUCACAGUUUUAAAGUGGAUCAAACCUGACCUGGAGCCAGAGUACGUCCUCUUUUACAGAGGUAAUAGGAUGCAAACAGCCAACCAGAAUAAAGAGUUUAAGGGCAGAGUGGAGCUGGUGGACAGAGAUCUGAAGGAGGGAGACAUGUCUUUAAUUCUGAAGAAUGUGAGCAGCAUUCACAAUGGAACAUACGAGUGUCGAGUUAAAGACGGUGUUUCCAGACGCAAAAAGAGAGCAGCCGACAUUAGCAUGCUCAGAACCAUCAGAACCAUCCAUCUGCAGGUUACAGAGCGAGGUUCCGAGGAUGGGAUCUCCUCUCCUGUCGGCCUCAUCGUUGGACUGGUAGCAGGUGUUCUGAUUCUUGUAGUUGUUGCAGUGGGUGGUGUCCUGAUGUAUAAAAGACGUAAGAACAAGAGAUCAGGACAACCUGCUGAUGAUGCUGAUGAAGCAUCGGCCGUUCAGUUCAUCUGACAACUCACAGAGCUCUUUACACCUGACUGUUUUCUCAUGUGCUGUAUGUCCAACAUGAUUCUCAUUACUUCAGUGGGUGUGAGGUCAUGUGAAAAUCUGCUGUUUGAUCUGUUUGCCCCCUUCGUGAAUCACCACCUUAUCGAGGUGGAGGGGUUUGCGUAUCUGCAUCUGGGAUCUGUAUCAUCUGGAGCUCUGAUGGUCCCAGAGGAGGGUCAGACUAAGAGUGAUUCAAAUAAAUUGUCUAUCUUUACCUUUCACAUUCAGAGAAAUUGAAUAUUUUACUCAGUUAAAAGUACUGUUGCUCUAAAGAAAAUAAGUACUUUUACUUUUAACACAUUUUCCUGAAGUAAAAACAAAAUUACCAAAUAUUUGAUACUUGAAAAAUGUGCUCAGAUAAAUUAAAAUGUAAGUCAGUAAAGAUGUACUUCAACAGCAGAGAUGUUCAGACAAUAUAAACUCAGCAGCAAUACACAAAAAAUGCUUUUCUCCAAUAAUGUAGUCAGCGCUGAGUACUUUUAACACAUUGAAAUGUCCGCAGACCGAGCACCCACCAAAUAUCUUAUAAUCAGGUGUAAAUAGCUCUUCAACAUGUCAUCUGUUUGGGUGUCUGAUUGAGUUGAUUGCACAUUUCUUUAUAGAGUGAAUUUUGCAUUUUAGUUUUCUGCUCGGCCAAAUAACUGUAAUAACGUGUUGCCUGCUUAGAAUGUUAUAUUUUAAGCUAAUGAUAUAAUAUCAACUAACAUUGAAUGGUUUAAACUGAGGAGUUGAUGACAUUGUGAAUAUUGUUGUUAUUGUCAUUAUAAAAUCGUCUGAUGUAGCUCGGAAUAUCUCAGGAGAACAUAGAGGACCAGUCUGUCUCUAAAUAAGACAUUAAACUGGAUUAUUAUUUACUAAGUAGAAUUACAAAAUGAAAUGUUAUAAAAUGUGAACUAUACCAAAGUGAUGAUCUUUGAAAUCAGUUGAUAAUUAUUUAAUAUGAAUGAAUGGAUGAAAUAAUAAUGAUCAGAGACAUGAUGGAAGAGACAUGAUGGAAGUUGAUAACUCAAAUGUUUUUUAACCUUAAUGGGCUUUAAACUGUUUUACUCAUUUAUCUUAUUCCAAUAAAUACUUUAUGUUGCUACA